AGAAAAAAGAUGCAAGUCCUGGCCCUCCUCUCGUAUCUGGCCAUUUUGAACAAUGGUAUUGAUCGGCUUGAACACCACUCCUAGUACUUGAAGAGGAAAGGCAUAUCUUAAGCCGUUAUCCUGCCCCAUCCCCUAGGGUGACUCCGGAGACCCCCCGUGCCCUUGGGCCGCGACGUUCGGGCAAAAAAUAUCACGAGUGGUAUCUCCGACGCUGGUUUGCUGUCUCUUAUUCUGGUUCUUACUUCCUUUCCUCAAACUUGAUUUUCCUUCUUCCUUCCUUCUCCGACACCACCUCCGCCACACAUUCACUAGGUUUUUUUUUUUUGCAUUCGGGCCCUAAUUGAAUAUAAUUCAAUCCUUCCAUUUCAAGGAUAUUCGAUAACUUCUCCGCCUUGAAGAAGGGGGAAGGAAGCAGUGCAAGUGAGCAGUUACAUAUUCCAUUUCACAGUCACCGCAACUACAGCUACUAUUGCUACAGCUACCAUUUGUGAUGGAGUUUAUGGCUGACGUCUGAGCCUUCAGUAUCUGACCUGUGGUUGCCCACUUUUCUAAUAGACUUAAAGCUGUAUACCGCCCCCCUCGGGCUUCCAAAAACCGCCCUCUUGUUCAAUUUAACUACGGAUUGUCAAUCUGUAUAUGGGUGUGGACUGCGGCCCCCCGACAUAGGAAGACAAACAGCUCCCAUCUAAAAAAUAGGAAGAAAAAAAAAGCCACAAAAUGCCUGAGCUGGAUACGACCACCCUCGUGGUAACAUAUGUAUGCACGGUUCUGGCAUUGAUUCUGAUAUUCGUGCGGCUUGGACUACGGUGUCACCGAGGGGAGGGAAUGUACUUGGACGAUGUAUGGAUGGGUAUCUCGUUGGUUCCUCUCCUCGUCCGGUUGGGAGUUAUCCAUGUUGUGCUAGCCUAUGGAACGAAUAAUUUCUCCAGGAAGAAGUAUCCUAUUGAGGAUAUGAGCGAGGUGGAAAUAAUGCGGAGAACUACGGGGAGCAAGAUGAUCCUUGCCGGGAGAAUAUUUUAUGCCGGAUUGUGGGUUCUUCACUUCCACCCCUCCUUUGUCGACCCAAAUUUUGAGUGGAGAGAAUUGGAUGGGAUGGAAUGGGUUUGUUGACGGGGAGAGCAGCGUAUGGUGCAUGAAGGUUUGCAUGUUGGGUUUCUAUAAACGCUUGACUGCGCGUUCGAAGCCGUAUGGACUUUUGGUCGAUAUUACCUACGUUGCGGUUUUCUUGACCUACGUGGCGGUCAUUUUCGUCACGUUGUUUGAGUGUCGGCCAUUCCCAGUGUGAGUCUUUUUUUCUUAUGCCAUUAUUUUAGAUCUUACUGACAUUGAUAUAGGUAUUGUAGGAGGCUACCCUGUUCCUGAAAUCCGUUUGGGAUGGAGUCUCGUGGUUUUGAUGAUCAAAUGCUAACACAACUAUUUCGGGAUACUCAGGGCAGAUGACACCCGACCCAGGACGUGAGUUUUUCCCGACCUGAUUGUAAGGAAUUGUGCUGAUUGAAUAUCCAGACUGCGUGCAGGCGAUUGCGCAGUUAUUGACAAUGGGAAUCUUCAAUAUUUUGACUGACGCCGCUCUCAUUCUCAUUCCUUUACCCCUAGUCUUUAAAUCCCGUCUUCCGAUCAUGAGGUGGGGUUCUCUAGAAGCGGCUCAGCGACAGAAAAGAUACUGACAAACUGCAGAAAACUCCAGCUAUCCCUGCUCUUCGGCCUCGGUAUAUUCGUCAUCUGCAUUACAAUUAUCCGCAUGCCCGUGAUUAUAGUUGACAAAUCGAUACAGAAAGCUCGGACACUGGUUCGUAACACCUCCCCCGAAUCCGUACCAAGUCGCGUAUUAACCCAUGUUUUACCUAAACAGUGGGCAUCAAUAGAGUGCCUAGCAGCCUGCAUAGUCGCCAACGCACCGGUCCUAAACUCGUUCCUCCGACAGAAGGUGAGAAAGCCCAGUUCACACGAGUACAACCUCUCUGUGAAUUCGCGGCGAAAGAGGAUGCCAGUGAUGGGCCAGGAUAGCGUUGGUUCGUUGACGAGGAAUGACGGGAAUUACAGACACAGUUCCGUUAUUGAGGUACCUUGCCGUCUUUGCCUUUGGGGAGAACGGGAAGCGAAAUUAAGGCUAAUUGUGGUAAUGGGAGUAGACGCGCACUGAAAUUGUUCAAAAGGUAGACAUCAACCCGUUGGAAUCUAGGAAUCGUAUGAAAGCCACACACUCACCCUGGCGUGGGAAUUUCCUCGGAACACAGAUCUGGACUGAGCAGGAUAGGUACGGCUCCCCGGCAUGGCCCCCUCCCGCAGUCGCCAACGGGGGUAAUUUCUGAUGCCUUGUCGCUCCAUUAUGAGGCUUGUCCAGGUAUUGACCUUUUUAACCCAUCACAUUUUCUUUUAUUCUUUCACAUUAGACGCGGCAGGUUUUUUUUUCGUUGAAUGUAUGUUACGGUUUGGGUGGUCCUUCUAUUCUCUUCUUGUUUUACUCCCUUUUCAUUUCUUUUGUCCGAGGCGAGGGGAGCAUGGCAUUAGCCUUCGGCGUUUGAUCAUGGCAUUCUUUUUUAUUGUUUCUCUCUUUUUCAAUUUCUCCCUCUCCCUUUGUGCUGGGUACCCUGAGGAGGGACAGGUGACGAGAUAAGAGAGAGGAGGGUGUAUUCACUCGGGAUUGGGUUGGAGGGAGGUGCAUGCCGCACUCAUGCGGUAUCAAAAUCCUUCAAACGGCCCUCCAGCCCUGGAGGUGGGAAGUUCUACCGGAAGGUGGGGAGGAAGUUUAGGGGGAGGCGUGUUGUAUUGUGAUAAUUAUCACAGUCACCUCG